AUGGGUCUCAUCGAUAAACUCCAAGCAAAGCUCGAGCUGUACCGCCUCGAACAGCGCUACGCCCGCCGCAAGCACCGCAGUACCUUCUCCACUGGCGCCCAGUACGUCGACGGCGAAUACGUCUACUCCAACGGCACCAACUCCCCCGUUAGCACCGUCUCCAAGCACUCCACGGGGAGCCACUGGCGGCCCUCAGGCUGGGGUUCCGAAUCACGCUCCAGGUGA